AUGCAGCGCGGCGGAGAUGACCAAGGGACUGCGGCCCACAAGUGGAGUGAUGACCAGUGGCAAGCCGCUGGAUGGGAUGAUCACUCAUGGGGUCGUCAGUCGCAAUGGUGGUGGGAUCCCGUGUGGUCUCAGUCAUGGAGGCGCCGACCGAGUUGGGGCGCUUCGUGGACUACGGCCUCGGCCAGUGCAAGCAGCGGCGGCAAGGAUGAUCUUGGCGGAGACCAGGACUACGGCGACAGUGGAUCGUCCGGGCGAGGACGAGAUGAGCCGGAUCCGCCUCCGGAAGGAGGCCGCGGCCCAUCGGAACGCAUGAUCGUUCCGUCCUUUUCGGGAGAAGGAGACGGUGACGAACUUGGAACCACGGCUCGCUCCUACAUACGCCAGAUCCAGGCGUGGCGCAAGAUGACCCGAGUCGGGUCGGAUAAACAGGCCUUGGUGCUCUACCAGCACCUUACUGGCCCAGCUUGGGUCGAGGCAGAGCGCCUGGACAUGGAACAACUGGGCAGCCGCCAGGGCCUCGAGUACUACAUCCAAUGGGUGCGCGACCGGUACCUGGACGUACAGGUGACGCAGAUCGGCCGUGCUCUGUCCGAUUUCUUUCGGCGUCUUCGGAAGAAGCCCGGGCAGAGCAUCAGGGACUACUGUGGUGAGUUUGAUCGUGCGCAUGCGCGGCUCCUCGAAUGCGGCUGUGUCCUCCCGGACAUAGCAUGUGCAUGGGUGUUCAUUGACCGUAUGAACCUUGACGAGGCGGCUGAGCUCAACCUGCUGUCCAGCGUGAACAACCUGUACGACCUCAAGCUUCUACAACGUGCGGCAAUAGUACAAGACAGAGCGCUUCGGAAACCAUGGGAUUCCUCUACGGGCUCCUCUACGGGCACCCGAAGGCAACCGGGAUGGUGGAAGAGAAACUCAAACUCCGUCCACUACACCGAGCUGGAUGCGGACCAGGACCUCGAGGACGCCAUCGAGGCCAAGGACUCCCUGGACGAGGACGAUGCCGAGGAACUCUACGAGUCGUACAUGACCCACGUCUCGGCCAAACAGAAGUACAAGGAACAGAUUCGCAUGAGGGGAUCAGAUCCUGAGUCAAUCAAGAAACUGGCUGCCGAGAAGCUCCAGAUGGUGAAAGAGCCUCAGGAGGAACUUCCGGUUCACAUGGCGGUACGGGAGCUACAGGGCGAGGCGGACCGGGCGAAGAAUUUGCAGGCGAUCACGGAUACGGCCUGCUCCAAGUCUGUUGCUGGGGUUCCCUGGGUGGAAGCCUACGUCGGUGCGGCCCGCAAUGUGGGCUACGAGCCAGAGAUCAUCAACACCCGGGACGCCUUCAAGUUCGGAGCCUCGAGAAUUUUCGAGGCCACCUAUGCCAUCAUUGUGAACUUUGGCCUUGGGAACAGCCUUGUGAGGAUCAAAGUGUGCGUCGUCAAUGGAGACGUGCCCCUUUUGUUAAGCCGUUCAGCGCUCGGAGGACUCGGCAUGGUGCUCGAUGUCGAAGAGAACAGUGCUGAGUUCCGCAAGGUAGGUGUUCACGCUUUGCAGCUCGAGGUGACCGCUACAGGGCACCCAGCCUUACCUGUACAGCCAGAGCCUCUUCCUCAGGGAGCUGCUACUUUCAAGGCAUCCGGAGACUCAGAGCUUCAGAUCAUUCCGAGGUCCUCGCAAUACACGGCGUUCAUGGCUUUUUGUCUUGACAGUGAAGUUGCUUCUGAUGACCAGAGUGUUCGAGCAGUUCAACAACAACCUACACUCUUUUUCCCUAAGAAGAUUGGCAGCGCAACCCGCAACAUGUUGCUUGAAGAUCAGUUCUGUGUCCAGUCGUUCAUUGCCUGGUGGGAAGGUACUUCUUUGACCCCAGAGGUUGGACUACAGCCCAAAGUCAACAUAAGCAAGCUCUUCUCGAGACUCUUGGUGAAGUUCGCAGCACUUGGGGCGUUGCAUGCAAGGAUUACCAUGUGCUUCUCCCUCAACAUGAACUGUGGCGGCAUGACAAACAAUGUGCAUCAUACGCUACACUUUGGAUCGGUAGAACCGUUUUCGCUAGGAAGCCCAUGCACCUCCCCAGCUCUUCCGCGUCUGUGCUCGCUUUCCACGAACAUGGCGCCCAAGACCAACGGCCUCCUGACCGCCCCGACCAAGGUGAAAUCUCUUUGGGACCUGAACAAGACGGAGCUGGUGAACGAGGCCACGACCAGAGGACUGUGGGUCAACCCACGGUGGACGGUUCCCGAGAUCCGCUCGAUCAUUCAGGAGGACAUGAACGCGAGGUCCCCGCCACAGCACCCCGAUGCCGCGAUCACAGGGAUCUCCCGGAUGACACAUGCCGAGCUGAGCUCCUCUGCCAACAGUCUGGGGAUUGCGGUGCCGGAGAACGCCACCAAGGGGACGAUCAUGAGGCUCAUCAGAGACCACGCUGGGGGCGGAACCCAGCUGGUGAUGAGUUUCGGCCGUUACAAGGGCUACCUGUACAGCGAGGUUCCCAUCGGCUAUCGCCGGUGGGCAAUCAACGAAGUCCUCACGAACGAGAACCAUUCAGAAGAACUUCGUCAGUUCUCGAAUUGGUGCAAGGCGAACAUGGAGAACGUGAGCACUCCGGCGCGCUACACCGACCCCGACGACCCGGAGCUGGUGGCGAGGACUCCCUACGUGCCGGAGAGCUCGGAGGGGAACCACAGCUGGGAGCUCUUGGCGAGGGCUCCAUGGAAUGCACCGGCGGCGACUCCAAAGGCGAAGACAAGGGCUUCUACGAUUCGGCGGACACCACCGAGUGCUACGUCGAGCGAACGAGGAUAUCGUCGAAUGGAGGCCGAGGUGGACGCGGAGGUUUUGGACGAGAUCCAACACCUGGAGACGAGGUUGGCCAUUAUCA